UCUAGAAGCGCGGAGAAGCGCGAAGGAGCGCGACGCCGCUGGACGGCAUAACAUAGCAGCAGCGCAGCGAGAAAGCUAUAGCAGCAGGGAAGGAGAGAGUAAAGCGGUCGUUCUGCCGCGGCUUUUGUCGUGCGGAGAUGUGAGUGGUCCCGGAACGACGUUCGCCUAAACCACGGAAACGGAAUAAGCGCGCGCGCGUGUUGCCCGACGAGUCAGCAGGCCCGACGUGGCCGUCCGUUGCGUAUUCGCGCACGGUUUCUGUCAAGAGUCGUUCGCCGAAACCGCACGGCGUGAUGGCAGACUUAGUUCGGGCGUCAUAAUCAUCGCGGCGGCAGCUGCAAGUCGUCGCGCCGAUUGUCGCGUGCGUACGGUGGCGCACGGUGGUGCUUGUCCAACCUUUUUCCAGGUUCGGCGGGCUUCUUUUUAUCACGACAUGGCGGGCUUUCGUGACAGGGACAGGGCCCUAUUCCCUGUUCAAAGUAUAUCGGCGAUUGUGCAGAUUUUUAAGAACCAACUGGAGAACAACGCCGAGCCGGACCUCGCGCUGCUCUCGAUUCUCGCCGGUGCCGUCGAGAAUUCGCUCACGUGCAAUCACGGUUUCACCCCGCCGGAGAACGCCGUUUACGACGAGCCGAAACUACCGGCAGUUGAGUACCAUAUCGCGGAAGCGCUUUACACCAAAUUCCACGCGGUCGUCAAAGGCGCCGUCGAUCUAACCGUCUACGAUACCAAGUACGCAACUCGUGACCUGGUGAAGAAGGUUUCGGACGUUAUAUGGAACUCGCUCACCAGCAGCUAUUACAAGGAUCGCGCGCACCUCCAGACCCUCUACAGUUACCUGACAGCGAACAAGCUGGAUUGCUACGGGGUUGCCUUUGCCGUUGUAGCUGGGUGUCAAGUGUUGGGAUUCAAGGAUGUGCAUCUUGUCAUGUCGGAGGAUCACGCAUGGGUUGUGUAUGGCGAGGACGGCACCGAGACAGCUGAAGUUACAUGGCACGGUAAGGGAAAUGGGGACAAGCGUGGACAAUCGGUUGAAUCUGGUAUUGCGUCUCGAUCUUGGUUGUAUCUGAACGGUCAAGCGAUGGUGUGCACUCGUGCUUUGGAAGUGGCUACCAUAGUGUCCGCCAUAAAUCCUAGUCUGAACCAGAACACCGACGCCGCUGAAGUAGCAAUGCUUCAGCAGGAAUUAUUGUGGCUGCUUUAUGACUUGGGCCAUCUCGCCAGGUAUCCCAUGGCGCUGGGUAAUCUGGCCGAGUUGGAAGAGGCUGCACCUACACCCGGAAGACCGCCGCCUAUAGAUAUCUUUCGGGAAGCUAUAAGGUCGGCGAGGAGGUAUUACGGUAACGCGCAUGUCUAUCCUUAUACUUAUUUGGGAGGAUAUCUGUAUCGGCACGGAUUGCAUGUCGACGCGUUUGCCUCAUGGGCCGAUGCUGCCGACGUUUUGCGAAAAUAUGAUUACUCACGGGAUGACGGUGAGAUAUACAAGGAGCUGCAAGAAAUCGCCAACGAGCUGAUACCGCACUCGGUGCGCGUCGACGAACGCCUGUUGCGACAACCACGAAGCUUCGCGUACCUGUUGAGAUUUUACGACGGUAUCUGUCAGUGGGAGGAAGGCGCGAACACUCCCGUGCUGCACAUAGGCUGGGCCCAGCCUUUGGUCAAUACGAUCUCGAAAUUCGACGCCAGUAUACGCGCGCAAGUUGUUAUAGAAUGUUACGAGACUGAAACCAAGCAGAAGGAAGAGACCGAGGUGAAACGAGAAACAAGCCCAGAGGAAACGCUGAACAACAAUAACAACAAUUACUGCAAGACCAAGGAGAAGGGCAACGCGGCGCGAGAUCUGAUCAAGAGUUUGGAGUCCAAGGUGCCCGCCAACUCGGCGUCCACGCAUCCGAGCAUUCAGGCCCUGACGGCGGCUUGCAGCGAGAAGAUACUUAAUCGGGAUUACCUGCUGCAGGGCGGCGGUGAACCGUUCGUCGCGCCAUCGGACGACGCCCUACCUCCGGCACCUUCCACUUCCCAGGAGAAGACCGUCGAGCCCGAGGCUAUCGUGCCCGACACCAAGAACGAGAGAUCGAGGAUAACUUUGUACAGUCAGAAAAUGAAGGGCCUCAAGGAUCUGCUGUUGGCGGAGAAGCUCAACACUCAAGCGAUCUCGUUGCAGCUCACUGCGCAAAGCCAGGUACAGAUUGGAAAAAGGCCACGCGGCGGCGACGACGUCGGAGUUAGUCCCAACCAACGUCCCAAGAGAACACGCCGGGAAUAAUAUAAGAUUUUCGACCGACGUUUCGGUAUAGUGAAGUAUUGAAAGUGCCACACACCACUUCGCGGUAUUAAACUAUUCGCUCGGUGAGAUCCCGAAGCGGAUGCGAUACGACCGGUCGAUUACCCGGCGCGAGUAUAUGAUCCGCGUGAAAGCAGUCAUUAAAAAAAAAAAAAAAAAGAUUUUACCGACCUCUCCUCACUCUCGGUGUUUCCCCGCUGGUUUAGCCGGGACGCGGAUAUGUACUAUGCCCCUUGGUUGGACUUAUCCCAAAAUUUUGACUCCCCGAAAGUGUCGUGAUAAGAAUUUUCGUGCCGUUCUUGAUUUGAAUUUUAAACCCUCCACGGUGCUCCUCUCUCGCGUUUCGCAAAAACGUCGCCGCGAGUUCUUGCGAGACGCAAACGUUUUACGUUACCGUCGGGGAUAUAUUGCCGUUAGAGAUAUAUAUAUAUAUAAUAUAAUACAUAUAUAUAGAGUAUAAAAGUAGAUAUGGAGAUAAAAAAAAUUUUGGUAGAAAAGUACAAAAAAGAGUUUUCCCCUCUUUUAAGUUAAUGAGUAGAAAUCUCGUGCUCCUGUUACGUCUCGAUUCGAGUAUUUUGUGCGUGUAAAUAUUAUAAUAAAUAUAUCUCUUGACUUCUUCCACAGUGCGUAGAAAGCUGUGACCUGCGUGGCAUAUGGGGGGGAAAAGGGUAUAUAUAUAUAUAAAAAAAAAAAAACAAAAAAAAAAUGAAUCGAAUAUUGUGUACCUAAUCUGUCUCUACGAUCAUUUUUUUUCGAGCAUAUAGAGUUAUUUAUUCUACAAAAUUAUACAUAUAAUUUUUUUUUGCUUGACGAGAGACAAUCGUCGUCACGAUUUUUAUAUACCGUAAUCUCUCUUUGUAAUCUCUCUUGUUGCACUCUUAUUUAUUGAAUCAUGGUUUUUUUCUACUUGAAACUAUAUAUCGCACUAUAUGUAUAAUUGAUAUAAUUACGAUUGACAAGUUGCCGUUAAUGUUUUUUACAAUUUUGUAGUUGAUCAACUUCUGUUAGAAUUAUACGCGCGACGCGCUUGUGUCUAGUAAAGAAAAAGAAACACAUUCCACUCUCCGCAUGUGGUGCAAACUAAUUAAGUUUUUUAUCUUAAGGUAUAUAUAUUUAAGCGUAAAAACAAAAAAAAUUCUCGCUUAUUUUUAUAAUUAUUUAUUUUUCAGAAUAAUUGUAUGAGAGUCUAUUCGUAUAUAUAUAUACACACAAGACUUCUAUUCUACUGUUUGCCGAUAGAAAAACGAGAAAUGAUGAGCGUUUUUUUAGACGGUUCGUCAUGUUUGAUCCCUGAAUCUGAACUAUACACCGAUAAUGUAUUUGUCGCGGUAAAAACAAAAAAAAAAAACAAAAAAAAAGGAAGAAAAACGCACGCGAUUACAAGUCGCACGUUGUCGUUUCGAGAUAGCAAUCAAGCCAUGCAUAAAUUUUAUCUUCCUUCUCCAGUGUAUGUGUAAGGCACGCAUUCGACUUAUCCGAUGACGAAAAGUCUGUUUUCAUUCGCGUGCUUUUAAACAUUCGUUUACUCGUCGUUCUCUCGAUAAGUUUUUUUUUUAACUCGUAAAAAAAAACAAAAAAAAACAAAAAAAAAACGCGGCGAUCCUUCCCGGACGCAUUUGUAAUCAUCAUAUUCGGUUAAUCGUCGAUGCACGCGUAAAAAAAAAAAAAUAUAAACUAUAUAUACAAUCCAUGCUUUUUCGGCUGUUAAUCGCUUUCGAUCAGGUUGCGAUACCUGUCUCUGUAAGGUUCACACACGAUUUGUUUGUUUAUUUUAUUUUUUUUUGUAAACUUAAAUAAUCUCCCGUUUGCCUCAAGAUUUUUCGCGAGCGACGGAGACACACAUCCCGUCGCCCGCGUAUAUCCAUAGUACGUAAAAACAAACUCGGUCGCGUCCGACGAACGCGACCGAGGCUCUUUGAUGAUGUUUAAGCGGAUUGUUGUAGAAUACGUUGUUGACACAGGAAUGAGAAUAUAAAAAAAAUAAAAAAAUAAAAAAAAAAAAACGCGCGGUCCGAGCUGAUCGACGAUAACUUAAUAAUGAAGGGCGCUAUCCUUACUGUGAUGCUGAAUAUACUAUUUAUAUGAUAUAUAUAUAUAUAUAAAACAAA